UCUUAUGUCUCAGUUCAUAGUGAAUUAUGGGUACUGUUGAUGUAGACGAGGAAUGUUGUCCUAUAUAUGGGAGAUAGUUAGCUGAUCUCAGUGCAAAAAUGAAUUUAAGUCAGUUGAAAAAUUCUUUAAUUAGGCGAAGCGGCCGGCAAAAUGUAAACAAAACUCCCGGGUGCUGUGAAGUGCAAGAAGAGGAAAAUGGCGAAUCACAGAUAUCUGCUCUAAAAUGUUCAAAGACUGACUCGUCUUUGAUAAAGGAGAGUGCGCGGUGUCAGUGCAAGAAUAAUUCUUCAAACGAUAAGCCGAGUAUAUUGAAAAGCUUUAAGAAAAAAUUUCGCUUAAAGUCUAGUGUUGGAAGGACGGUGAAAAGUAAGCCUAAGCAAGCAGUUCGAGGCAUAGAUCCAUCUACACUUUAUGCUCGUAGUUUACACGAUUCUUCAACUAGUGAUGAGUGUGUGUCGGAUAAAGUGGACCCUCUGCGUGUUGUAGGAGAAUUGAAUCAUAUACAAGUAGUGACGAAUAAUGGAAUUCCACAGCAGUGCGAGUCGAGUGCCUCCCAGACGUCAACACAACAAGCUAGCCAGUGGGGAGGAAGUUCUGUUUGUCCCUUAGUCAAGAAACGUACAUCACAAGACAACGAUGAUUGUUCAGCCGACGGAGAUGACCAUUCUGGAGGGUCGGGAACUGACACUGGACAACAACAACAGCUUAUACUGAGAUUGGAGAAUGAGAAUGGAGCUCAGAGCGAAACUGAAACGGAGAGUGAGUGCUUGGCUAGCCCUCGUAGUCUAACAGGUGAGCUGUUCGAGCUGGCAAAGUACGGGUGGUACUGGGGCCCAAUUACACGAGAAGAGGCAGAAGAAAAGCUAUUGGAUGCACCUGAUGGUUCGUUCCUUGUUAGAGAUUCGUCUGCGGACCGCUACUUGCUAAGUGUCAGUUUCCGCAGCGCAGGCAAGACGUUUCAUGCCAGAAUUGAGCACAGCCAUGGAGUAUUUAGUUUCUACGCAAAUCCUGGACGUGAAGGGUUUCCAAGUAUCUCUGAACUAAUUGCACAUUCUAUGACAUAUUCAGAAUCAGCUGUUUUCUGUUAUUCUCGCCCUCGUGCUCCGGGAUACCCUGCAUUUCCUGUUCGCUUGGUGAAGCCUGUAUCUCGCUUCACGCAAGUACGAUCUCUUCAGUACCUCUGCAGGUUCGUUAUAAGACAGUACACCAGGGUUGACAAUAUACAGAAACUACCCCUGCCUAGGAGACUGUUAAGUUAUGUGCAGGAAGGACAUUAUUGACGCCUGCUGACUUUGUGUCAUCUCUUUGGGGUCGAACUUUAUUAUGUGGUUGAUAGCACUCCUGUAAUUUUUUUUGUGUUCCCACAUUUAACGACUGACUUUUGUACAGUUAUUGUUGUAUUACAUGUUGUAUUUUCCUUUAAUGUCGAUGACUAAAGGCAAAAAUCAGACUAAAUUCCUGUGUAUAAAACAUUGUUGCAAUUGAAAAUUUUUAAUGCCCUGCUAAUUUUGCAGCUGCUGGUGCAGUGGUAAUUUUUUUCAGGAAAUAAGUUGCACAAAUUUUGAAGGCAAUAGAAAUUAAAUGGGUGAAGCUUUAUUUCAUUCCUUGCAAUAGAGCAGUGGAAGAGUUUUCAUACAAUAAUGAAUUCAGUGUGUGAAAAUAAUGCAAUGGAUAUUAAAUUUGUAUUUGUUAGUAGUUGCUGGAAGCUUGUGCUAGAGUUGGACUCCUUGCAGAUCUACAGCCAACACAGCUUAAGUUUGCCUGUUUAAAUCCCAUGUCAUUGCACUGCUUAAGUCACAGCAAAUUAAUUUUUCCUGUGAUGAGUUUAAUAUUUUCCAAGUAUUCUGCAUUUUCACAGGUGCAUUUUUUUGUUUCUACAACAUUUCAGUGUAAACUGGUCUGUAAAUGUUGGUAACUAUACAUCUUGAGUCAUAGGAAAAUUGAAGCACAUUUAUGCUAUGGUGAUCAAACCAUAAAAAAUGUGUAAGUAGGCUACUGGGUAAUCUGUUUCCUUCCAAAGCACCUUUUACUAUACAGGAUCUAUCAGAAUCAUGUGAAAUAUAGUGAUUUCUGUAUACAAAGAUGUAUUUUAAAAUGGGGAAUUCUGUUCCUAUGUUUCUGACAUACCGAUAUUGCAAGCAAGAUAUUUGUAAACGUCAGUCAGACGCAGUACUAUAUGAAUAUUUGCAAAUAAUACCCAUCCUUCUAUCAUGACUUUAUUUAUAUCUGUUUUAUCAUUGGUUGCAGUAACAUCUACACUAAAGGAUGUUUGAGAAAGAAGUACGUGAGAAUAAUACGAGCCCGUUAUAUGAUUUCAUGCAUUAUCUGUAAUGGGUUUGAUGUUUUACAUGUGUAACUUUCAUUCACAGUAUAGGGUUCUUCGCAUGGUACAGGAAAUGAUUUGGCAAUUUUCCCUUUCCAGAUUUAGGCCCUGCUGUUAUGGAAUUAGGUAUUUUUCACUGUUUCACUCUUCUCCUUCCCUCCCCCCCAAAAAAGGGAAGGGUGGACGAAUAUUGGUUUGAAUUUGCAUGAUGACGGUUAGGUUGUGCGUAUAAUUUUAGAAGACCAGGACUGCCGGAUUGUAAUUGAAGAUUAAAGAUAUUAGUGUAGAAGUUUGUACAGUGACUGAGUAAAGGAAGGAAUAGUGGAGGUUCAACAGAUUCUAAUUUUAUUCGUACUAAAGCUACAGUUAUUUACCAGUUUUUGUGCACACCCAAGCAUAGUUGGUGCUAUGUGUAAAUUAUGCCCCUAAUUUUGUGGAAUCUCCACCUUCUCCCUCAUACUUCUACCCCUCCCCCCUUCUUACUCACACACACAAAAUUUAAAAUGCUACACUAUUAAUUAAAAUCACAACCAAAUUGUGACACAUAGCUAUUCCCAAUUUGAUACCGACUUGUAGAUUCAAUUAGUGAAAUCCACAUCAAAAUGUUAUGCUUUAUGUGAUAUGCUUAAUAAAUAAUGUAAUUUGUGAUAAGAAUUGUCCAUGAAAUUACAAUUUAAGUAAGAAUAUUGUAUAAUUUUUUGAUCUCACUUCUGUUACCAGAAAAGUUGAAUAAGUGAAAUAUUUGUCAGCUGUCUUUAUUAUCUGUUAAUUUAAACAGAUAUUUAUAUUCUAAUCAAGAUUGUUUUGAGAAAUUUAGUAUGUACCAUCCUUCCCUAUAUGUGCUACAGAACAUUGGAUUGUUGACAGCUGUGUAAGAAUAUGCGUAACAGUAAUAGAGAGAAAGUUUGCAGAUUUGUGAAAAUAAAGGAAGAAACACAAAUGCAUCAAAUUGCUUCUGUGUAAUGGAACUGUGUUGCAUUAUUGUGUAAUACCAGUUGUGCCUGUGCCCAUAUAAGACUUUUAUUGUACGAACAUAUAGUGUAGAGUGUGGUUUGUUACACUAUUUAGCAUUAUGACUGAAGUAGUCAGUUCUAUCACGUAUGCUGUUGAAGUAUUUUUGAUACUUUUAUGUUUUCAGAUUAAACAUAAAAAAUAAGAAAGCUUUGAGAAAAAACUUACAGUACCGUAAGUGAAUGCAGAGUAUCAGAGAUAUUGGCUUCUUUCUCAUCAUUUGUGGUUAAUAUUGUUGACAAAAUAAUGUUUUUUUGUGUGUAUGUCUGUGGUCAUAUAGAAAGAUCCUAUUACUUUGCUUAGUAAUGGGUAAUGUGGUUUUCUCAUUAUGCUGUCAGUGUGGGAUUAGUUUUUCCAAACUGGAAACUUCAAGCUGAUUGUGAGACCAGAAGUAAAUGAUAAAUCUGACAGAACAGUUACAAACUAAAUGGUAAACAACGAAGCUUUUAUAUUUUAUUUACAAGUAGACAGAACAGCUUGGAACAAAAACACAGUUCAGUGAACUGUGAAGACUUGUGUUAAUGUCUUAGGAAACAAUAUUCAGUGAAUAUUCUGGACAGUUAUGUAAGCUGUUGAUGUGCCUUUCUAUCUCUGGGAAAAAUCCCUUACUGUAAGCUGAGUGCUAACUAGUUGUAUAUGAAUGUACAACUGCAUUGAUAGCUUUAAUCUCAACUAUCCCUCUGUUGUUUGUAGAUGUGAGAAGAAAAUUAUUUAUGUUAGUAUCUAUUCCCUUGUUGACACACCAUGUCCUACAGUCUAACAUACCUGUGAUUUUCAGUAAUAAAAGAAAUUUCACUGGUGAAUUUAAUUUAAGAA